UUGCUGCUUGUGAUAGGGGCCUGUGCGCUGGCUGCACGGUCCUCUGUGGCGGUGUCCGGCAGAAUGACCCACUUGGAAAACGUGGUGCUUUGUCGCGAGUCUCAAGUGUCCACCUUGCAGUCCUUGUUUGGAGAGAGACAUCAUUUCAGCUUUCCAUCCAUUUUUAUUUAUGGACAUACUGCCAGUGGAAAGACCUAUGUAACACAAACUUUGUUGAAAACUUUAGAGCUCCCACAUGUCUUUGUGAAUUGUGUUGAAUGCUUUACCUUAAGGCUGCUUUUGGAACAAAUUUUAAACAAAUUGAAUAAUCUUAGUUCUUCAGAGGAUGGAUGUUCUUCCGAAAUAACCUGUGAAACAUUUAAUGACUUUGUUCGCUUGUUUAAACAAGUAACCAAAGCUGAAAAUCUCAAGGAUCAGACCGUAUAUAUUGUUCUAGAUAAAGCAGAGUAUCUAAGAGAUAUGGAAGCAAAUCUUUUGCCUGGAUUUCUUAGAUUACAGGAAUUGGCUGACAGAAAUGUGACUGUUAUCUUUCUCAGUGAAAUUGUUUGGGAAAAGUUUCGUCCAAAUACUGGAUGCUUUGAGCCAUUUGUCUUGUAUUUUCCUGAUUACAGCAUAGGGAACCUUCAAAAGAUCCUUUCCCAUGAUCAUCCUCCAGAGUAUUCAGCUGAUUUCUAUGCUGCCUACAUUAACAUUCUUCUUGGAGUUUUCUACACUGUUUGUCGAGAUUUGAAAGAGCUCAGACAUCUGGCAGUACUUAAUUUUCCUAAAUAUUGUGAACCUGUGGUUAGAGGAGAAGCAAGUGAACGUGAUACUCGCAAACUGUGGAGAAAUAUUGAACCUCAUUUGAAGAAAGCCAUGCAGACUGUUUAUCUCAGGGAAAUAUCAAGUUCCCAGUGGGAAAAGCUACAGAAAGAUGACACAGAUCUGGGGCAACUGAAAGGUCUCUCAGCGCAUACUCAUGUGGAACUUCCAUAUUACUCUAAGUUUAUUCUAAUUGCUGCAUACCUUGCUUCAUACAAUCCAGCGAGAACUGACAGGAGGUUCUUUCUUAAGCAUCAUGGAAAAAUCAAGAAAACCAACUUUCUAAAAAAACACGAAAAGACGAGCAAUCAUCUCCUUGGGCCAAAACCAUUUCCACUAGACAGAUUAUUAGCAAUAUUAUAUAGUAUUGUGGACAGCAGAGUUGCUCCAACAGCAAAUAUUUUUUCCCAGAUUACUUCUCUAGUGACCCUUCAGCUGUUAACUCUGGUUGGCCAUGACGAUCAGCUUGAUGGACCAAAAUACAAAUGCACAGUGUCUCUGGAUUUCAUCAGAGCUAUUUCAAGAUGGAGUCUUGCUCUGUCGCCCAGGCUGGAGUACAGUGGUGCGAUCUCAGCUCCCUGCAGCCCCACCUCCUGGGUUCAAGUGAUUCUCCUGCCUCUGCCUCCCAAGCAGCUAGGAUCACAGGACGGUGAACUUUGACAUAAUAAAAUACUUGUACGAUUUCUUGUGAAAACAAGCUUCAAAGCCAUAUGGACACUGUGACAAUGACUAAGCCAAGCUGUGUUCAUCCAAUGACUUAGCUGGCCAAGGAGAGGAGUUCUUUGGCUCUAUUGGGUUUGUCCAAACAGGUGCUGGCCCAGCAUGGAAUCUGAUGAAAAUAUUCUGAUUGGUCUGGGUGGAUGUGAGCAGAAGACUAUUUACCAGGGACCCUGGAGUAUUUGGAAGCAACGUGUUAAUUAUAAACAGCAGGGUUUGAGCACAAUCUGUUCUACUCUUAAUGAUGUUAUCUUAACACUGAAAUUGCCUGAAACCCAUUUACUUAGGACUACAUUUUGCUCUGUGAACUAUCCCCUGCGCUUUGAACGUGCCAGCAGCCCUUGUUUAUAUGCCCAUUCUUUUCACUUCCUCUCCACAGGAGCCUCUACAGUCGCUUGCCAAAGCAGAUUUUCCUAAGGCCACUGUUUUAAAAGAUCGUAGUUGCAAAAUACAAUAAAUAUAAGUUCUUUUGAAAAUCCAA